AAAAGUUUAAGUUCUGGCUGUUGUUGUGCUUUUCGGUCCCGUAGAUUAUCAGAGGGUAACGAUCAACAAGCCUGAGCUUGCCAAGUGCCAGCAGUUUCACCACGAACUCCUACUCAACCGUCGCGGAAGGGCGCGUGAGUUGAAGCGCAUCCAUAUACCAAAAUCCCGAGUUCAUCAAAGUCCGCCGGAUCCUAAUCUACUCUCUCAUGACUUCUAUAUUCGGAUCAGGGCAGCUUCUUAAAGGGAAAGUGAGCGCCUACACAAUCAUCAAGCAGCUUCAUCAAUCCAUUUGGCUAGCAGUCAAACCGAGCGGAGAACCGGUCGUGAUUAAGAGCGUUCGUCAUUUUCGCCUUCAAAACGAACGCGACGUCCUCAAGCGCUUUCAAUCCCGGGCCCCCUCUCUUCGUCCUUUACUUGAUGAAAUGGGAGAUCCUCCCGAUCCCCCAGCGCUCGUUCUAAAGCACCUCGAUGAUGACCUCUUACAUGCUUCGGCAGCUAAGAAGCUUACUCGCCUGGAGGUCAAGUACGUGAUAAGAAGAGUUCUAGAAGCACUGUCUGUGCUUCAUGAGGAUGGCUAUGUGCAUGCAGACGUCAAACCUGAUAACGUAUUAGUGAACUACGGCCCCGGGAAUAUCCGGUUUACUGAAGCGCAGUUGGCCGAUUGUGGAAGUACAGUACCUGAGGAUUCUAGAUAUGCAAUGGAAGGCGAUAUUAUCGGAGCACCUAUAUUUCGAAGCCCCGAAGCACACCUCCAGAUGAGAUGGAGUACUGCCACAGACAUUUGGUCUCUCGGUACUACGCUUAUAAGCCUGCUUUGGGGAGGGAACUGGCAUAUUUUCAAACCGGAUGUCCCCGCAGAUCACGAACACUAUGAACUGAAGAUUCUUAUGAAGCACCAUCAAUAUUUCGGACCAUUCCCUUUGUCAUACAAGGACAUAUCAGACGAAGAUACUUUGAGCAUCCUUGCUCAUGUUAUGAAAGGAGUACCUCAUGGGAUGAUGAAGCCAUUUGAGUAUAUUACGGACCGGGAGAUCACUGGGGAAGACAACGCAUUCGUACUAAAGAUCAUGAAACUCGAUCCACGAGAUAGGCCAUCAGCAAAGGACCUCUUGCAGGAUGAGUGGUUUCAGGUGGAGUCGGCAAACCAAUAAGAACCAAUGCUGUUUUCUUUUUGAAAAAAAGGGGGGGGGGAAGCGACAGUGGACGAGGC